AUGUUUACUAAUAAGCAAUUUGAUUUGGCGCAGGAAAGCCUCAAUGGCCCUUCUAUCGAUGCGAUGCUACGAGGCCUGACAGAUCGCCCAAAUGUCCAAGCUACGUUGAUCUUAUCGAAGACAGACGGAUCCAUUAUUCGAGCUGCAGGUGUCAUUGUCAGUGACCAACAACUGUCUUCGGGCGCAGGCUCACAGUACCAAUGGUCGAGGUCACGACAAGACGAGCAAGAGACGAGCAAAGUCAAGGAGCAAGAGCAAAGUGACGGUGAUCAACAGGAAGAUGAUCCAGCACGAGGAAAACAACAGCCCGUCGAAUUAUUGGCAGCGUCUGUUUUCCAGUUUGUGAACAAUGCAGCCUCGCUGGGAUUGACUCUCGGAAGCAUAUCUCGGGACUCCGGAAUCUCUGGUACACUCUCCUACAAGGAUUCAUCUACUUCAAAUCAGGAAGCCUCCGCUGAGGAAGACCACGCGAGAACGAAAGACGACGAAGUACAACUGCUCAGACUUCGGACCAGGUACCAAGAGAUCAUCGUGUUCCCCGACCCCAACUAUAUAUGUUGUGUGGUACAGAAAGUAGGCAAGGCCGGAAGCAAUCCAGAUAGGAGAUGA